AUAGAAUCACUUUCUCUAGACUAUACAUAUAUAGUGUUGAUCGAUAAGCUAUAAAAGAGACUAGCAUAUAAUUAUAGAUGAGUACCACUUCAAUCAUAUACAGCUAGCUAGAAACAAGGUAGCUAACCUUUUCUUCUUAAUUAGCAUCACCAUGUCUCAACAAUCAACCUUUGGAAUCGAUCACACACCACCAUCAGCACCCCCAUCGGUACUGCCACAGGGCAACCGACGUGGCAAAGUCCUAGCAGGUGCAUCAAACCUAGCCAACCUUUUACCAACAGGAACGGUCCUCACUUUCCAAACUCUAAUGCCCUCUUUCACUGACGGAGGCUCCUGUCUCAUCACCCACCAGUACCUAACCUUAGCCCUCAUAAUCCUCUGCGCUGCAGCCUGUUUCUUCUCCUCCUUCACCGACAGCUUCCUUGACCAAAACGGAAAAAUACACUACGGAAUCGCGGUGCCCAAAGGCUUCUGCGUAUUCAACUAUGAUCAUCAUCAUGAUGAUGAUCAGCUCACCAAAGACAAAUUGAAAGAAUAUUUAAGAAGCUAUCGUCUUAAGAAAAUGGACUUUAUUCGUGCCCUUGUGUCACUCAUGAUGUUCUUGAUGUUUGCAUUAGGUGAUGCUAACGUGCAAGAUUGCUAUUGGCCCAAAGCUAACCCCAACAUGAAAGCUUUGUUCAUGAAUUUGCCAUUGGCUGCCGCACUUUUCGCCACUUUUUUCUUUAGUAUUUUUCCUACUACUCGUAGGGGAAUCGGCUAUGCGGAUUCCCCUAGAGAUGGUCCGGAUUAUGUGCCUGUUCUUCCUAAAACUCACACAAAUCCAAGUAACAAACAGUGAACAAACCAUGCAUUUUAACUAAGGGUUUCCCCUUUAAUUUCAUCCUCCUAGCUCCUCCUCCUUUUUAAUUCUCUUUUACCUUUUUGGGUGUACGUAAAAACAUUUAACAUAUUUGUACUUGUCAAAUUGAAUAUUUCUGCAGUUGAAAAUAAAACAUAUUCUAUAUUUAAUAAUCCACCUUACUAUUCUUGCGCUUUGUUU